CGUUUGAUGUGGUGUUUGUCAAGAUUGUGCUAUUGUGUGUUUACAGUGAUUUAUUUCCCGUUACUAUAAUCAUAAUUUAAGUAAAACCAUUUAAGGAGUAGAUGAAGUUGACAGCAUGUCUCGCAACAAAGAUAAGCAUGAGGGCGCUAGCGGGCGCACAUACCACAUUAUGUCGGAGGCGGAACGAGCGUCUGGCCGGCGCGGAGGCUGGACCACGCUUGAGGUAACAGGAGGUGUGCGCGCCCUGGCGCCCCAGCUGUUCCAACUGACUCACCUGACCGCGCUGUAUCUGAACGACAACUCCCUGCAACGAAUCCCGUCUGACAUCAGCCAGCUGGUCAACCUGCACACCUUGGAUGUGUCCAACAACAAGCUGCGCUCUUUGCCGGCUGAGUUAGGGGACUUGAUACAGCUCAGAGAACUCCACCUGCACAACAACUACCUGAGAGUCUUGCCCUACGAGUUGGGCAAGUUGUUCCACCUGCAAAUGCUCGGCUUGCAGGGAAACCCGCUCAGCAAGGAGAUGCUGUCCAUUUAUAACGACAACAACGGCACCGCGAAGCUGCUCACCUAUAUGCUAGACAAUUUACAAGUUACUGCCACUCUACCACCACAGAGGCCUUGGAUACCUUUGACACGACCAAACAGGACUCGUCCAACAUGUAUCUUCACGGUUAUGUGCUACAACGUCCUCUGCGACAAAUACGCCACGCGACAAAUGUACGGCUACUGCCCCAGCUGGGCGCUGGAAUGGGACUACCGAAAGAAGGGUAUAUUGGACGAAAUUAGACAUUACUCUGCAGACAUCAUUAGUUUACAGGAAGUAGAGACGGAUCAAUUUUACAAUUUCUUCCUGCCAGAGCUUAAAGGGGACGGCUACGACGGCAUAUUCUCGCCAAAAUCUCGCGCCAAGACCAUGUCGGAGUCGGAGAGGAAAUACGUCGAUGGAUGCGCAAUAUUCUUCAGAUCUGCCAAGUUCGCGCUUGUAAAAGAGCACCUUAUAGAGUUCAACCAAUUAGCCAUGGCCAACAGUGAAGGGUCCGACAACAUGUUAAAUCGUGUUAUGCCGAAGGACAAUAUAGGUUUAGCCGCUCUGCUGAAAACGAAAGAAGCUGCAUGGGAGAACGGUCUACCGACCGAUACGGCGAUGCUCGGUCAGCCUAUCCUCGUGUGCACCGCGCACAUACACUGGGACCCCGAGUUCUGCGACGUCAAGCUCAUCCAGACCAUGAUGCUCAGCAACGAGCUCCGGUCCAUCCACGAGGACUCUGCGAGGACGCUGCGUCUGGCGGGGCAGAGGGACAACGUCCAACUGCUGCUAUGCGGGGACUUCAACUCCUUACCUGACAGUGGCGUGGUAGAGUUCCUGUCUUCGGGCCGCGUGUCGUCCGAGCACCGAGACUUCAAGGAGCUGGGCUACGCGACCACGCUGCGCCGCAUGCCCGGCUCCGAGCACGAGUUCACGCACAACUUCAAGCUGGCCUCCGCCUACAGCGAGGACAUCAUGCCCUACACCAACUACACAUUUGACUUCAAGGGCAUCAUAGACUACAUAUUCUACAGCAAGCAGACGAUGACGCCGCUCGGGCUGCUGGGCCCGCUUUCGCAGGAGUGGUUCCGCGAGCACAAGGUCGUCGGCUGUCCGCAUCCUCACAUACCUUCAGACCACUUCCCUCUCCUGGUCGAGCUGGAGAUGUGUCCGGGCGCGAGCGGCAGCUCCAACGGUCUCAUCGGGCGCAGGUAG